AUGAAGACCAAGCCCUUCAAGCAACUGCCACCGCCAGUCGUAGAGCAGCGGUCAGCGGCGUCAGCUCCAACCAACACUCGUAAGGUCGCAAGACAUCCGAUACCCUUAUGGCGCUUCGCAGUCCUUCUCAUUCUGAUCAUAUAUCAUUCCUUCAGCAGAUUCGGCACAAUGUCAUCCGCACAGGUCGAUCUAUCACAGUACAGCAAAUCAAUCUUUGUACCGUUUAUUCACAAGUUCAGCAUCAAACAUGACCCUCAAGUCAUAUGUACAAUCGAAGGCAUCAAGAUUAAGAUGCCAGUCGAUACCGGAUCGACUGGCUUGUUGAUUGGCGCCCCAAUGCUACCAAAUCUCUCCUCCACAAUUGGUACACCGGCCCACCACUUCUUCACAAGUAGCAAGAUCCUCUAUGUCGGACGUCUUGUUGAACUACCCAUCAACUUCCACGGCGAAGGCAGCUCGUACGCAUCUGCAACAGUGCCUGUAUUCAUCGUAGAUAAGAGCUGGAGGUGUCCAGCAUACGACCCUAGCAAGGACACAUUCGAAUGCCCACUCGGCCCCAAUGGCGAGAAACCAGUGGAACGAGAUACUUCACAUAUUACCUACAUGGGCGUAGGCUUCGGACGCAAUCAACCUCGAGACGGUAUGCCUUUUGGUGCUCCGAAACUCAAUCCACUCUUGAACAUCGUCUCCUUAGAUGGGGAGCCAGUAGACUCAUCGUCAAUGCGGGCUGGAUACUCAAUCUCGACAGCAGGCGUGCAGAUAGGCCUGACACAAGACAAUAUACGCAACUUUGCAUUCAUAAAUCUUGAGCCUGGUCUCACACACAGCCAGGAUCAAAGGGACUGGGCAAUGGCCCGUAUGUGCUUCAACACCGAUGACGGCGAGCCAAAUUGCGGCGCAGCACUGGUGGAUACUGGGAUCGCCCAGAUGUAUUUGAGGGCGGAUAAGGAUCGUUCCAUACCAACUAUCCACAUACGCAACCCAAAUAAGCAUGGCUAUGCGAAAAUGGUCAAGCGGGUAAAACCCGGGACUAGUGUUGGAAUUGGGUUUCCGUCUCUGCAAGCGCCAGUAGCAUCGUAUUCCCUCAUUGUCGGUGGUGAGUCGAUAAACGAGCCCAGUGCAGUCAUUCCUUUGAAUCAAACUGCGCCGCCGUAUAUCAAUACCGGUCGCAGCUUCCUGUUUGAUUACUCCAUAGCGUUCGAUGCGACUGGUGGGCGGUUCGGUUUUCGGCCGACGAGGAGUCCAGGCGCAGUGUUGUAG